AUGCUCAACAAGGCUGAUCAGGGCGGUCAGGAGGGACCACCGCUGCCAUCCCAACCACCAUCUCAAAUGCCUCCAUCAGCGGCUGUCCGCAAAGGGGGUGCCGUUCGGAAGAGCGGCUUCAACGCCUGCCACCCACCGACGUACCACCACAACUCGAACGUGCCAAGUCGACGUCUGUGGAACUUCAUGGACAUAUCACCUUCGCCCUCACCGCCGCCGCUGUCCCCUGUGGAGCCGGUGGACUGUCCUGGCGGUGCUCAGCGAUACGAGCACCACGACCAGCCACUUCAGUGUGAGGCAGCCCAGUAUACGGGCACCAGCCAAGAGAGGCCCAGUCCGGUGGGGGAGCAGUACCAGUCGGCGACGUCGACCACCAGUGGCUACGAUGGCAGCAGUAGCAGCAGCAACUGUCGCGACCACUUCAAGUCCACUACGAAAGGUGGCCGCUUUGACAUAAACUCACUGGAGCUGAACCGAGUGGCCCCACAGGAGAAGAAUGCGUCGACGAAUGCCUUCAAAGGUGACCACAGGUACUACGGGGAUGUGCCCCCGAUGGAGAAAGUUCCGAGUGCUAGCUCUGCCAGCCAAAGUCACAGUAAACAUGCGGCACACUUUCGUCUCGACUCACUUCUCCUCAGUCCGGACGAUCCUCAGCCGUACAAAGCACCUAAUAGCAAGUCUCAGCAGCAGCAGCAACUUUCCAAUGGAAUCAAAAAGUCGAAUCGAUUCACACUGGACGUUGACGACGAGGACGACGUUCUCUUCAGUCGAUUUCACCACCACUCGUCAAAUGGCCAGCCUCGACCAGCUGCAUCAUCUACGGCAGCAGCAAUACCUGCUUCUUCAAAGAACUUCCUGAAAGAUUCCAGCAAUUCCUACCUGAUCGACAGUCACCGGUCGUCUCGAGAGCGUUCAGCAGAAGCGACAGUGAUGCCGACUACUGUCAUGUCAGCUGGUAGCCGCCGAGAAACGAGCGUCGAAUCGACGCGAAGCAGUCGAGCGAGGGCACUUCGUGAAGAGCUCGUCGACGCCUGUGCCCGAGAGCUGGUCAAUAAAUUGCCACCGCAAGCAUCAUCAGGGCCAGCUGCGACGACGAUGACAGCAGCCGUUGCUUCCUCUCAUUGUCGAAUGGUCAAGGAGGACGUCGGCAGCAUCAGUGAUAACGAGGACGAUGAUGAUGAUAAUGGGGGAUUCAAAGCUGCUGGUACCACCACCAACACCGCCACAACUGCGACCACUACCAGCAACAUUAGCACUGGUGCUCGCAAUCGCAUUGAACUUGCUGGCGGCAGGGAGCUCUUUAGCAGUAGUCGAAGUAUGCGAUCUAAACGACGAAGUUCAAACCAUGCAGCCACCAGUGGACAUGGUCAGAGCGCAAAGACCAACGCUGAAUUGCAACAGCAACAGCAGCAUCAUCAGCAGCCAUAUCAAGCUUCUUCUCAGGCUACUACUGUUUCAUCUCGUCGCAGCGGCAGCAACAGCAGCUUUAUUUCGCGCCACACACAGCUGUACAGCGUCUCGAUGGCCACAGAAGGUGGUGCUAAUGAAGCAGCACCAACAUCGCAACACAAUAAGAACCAGCGUUCAAAUGCCGGUGGUGCAUGCAACACCAACAACGACCAACGGACACUGCCUGUGGAAUCCUCGACCAGCACUGCUGCAGCCAUGUCAGCCGCACAACACUGCCACAGAAUGCCCGGAGAGGCUGCCGCCGUUGUCAGUGAAGAACAACUGCUGGAGACGACGACAUCGGCAAUGACGGACCCCGAGGACAGCAGAGUGGUGAAUGCAGUUCCGCCUGUAGGACUCGAUGAGGAGGAGGUGGUGAGCAGCAGCAACCAGGAGGAAGAACCGGUGGACGUUGAUUCAGAGGACAGCAACAGCAGCUGCGGAACCUCGGCAAAGUCAUUCGAGGGGGCUGCCUCCUCGCCCAGUCACGAUGAGAGAAUCGCUCGCAUCAUCGGCAGUGUGCCGAUUGCGCAGUAUGAAGGCUCCCCCAAACGGUACGGCCCCAAGCCUGGCUACCCAAAACGAGUGCUGUCAACCUCAUCGAACAACAGCUGCAGCAAUGAAUAUGAGCCCUCUAUACUGAUGAUGCCAAACAAGAAGGCAGACACUUUGUUGCCAGCGGACAAUGAUGAGGAGCACCGUCAGCAUCAGCGUCAGCUUGAAGAGCAGGAUCAACUAGAACAGCACAAAACUAAACUCGUCAACUUGUCACUCUCUGAAAAUGGAUCACCGCACUCAUCGACGCACUCCUCCACUUCUUCAGCAACCUUCUCUUCGACUGACAUUCACAGUUCAUCGUCUUUCUCCUGUCCUUCCAAUGCACACCACCACCAUCAGCAUCAACAUCAACAACAUCAUCCGCUUCCAAAGUCGUCAUCCACUAGUCAUCACCAUCACUUUGGCACUUCCAAAUGGGCAAAUGAGGCCGUCGGUGGUGGAGGAGGCAACAACAACAACAACAUUGCCAACAACAGCAACUACGACUGUCGUUCAAAUGAUGAGCACUGUUUUUCUGCCGACUGCGGAGGCGGCAACCGUACACUAGACCAGUCAGCCAUUGAUACCUGUGAUGAAGGUUGCGGAGUGGCGGUGGCGCCUUCCACACGGAAGGUCGUGGCAGAGUCGAAUUUUCCAGCGACUGAGGAGAUCGUCAAGACCAUUCUCAGUCUUCCCUCAGGACAGAUUGACACGGAGGAUGACGUGGAUGAAGAUGUGACCGAGUCCUCCAGUGACAAGGCAACCGCUGGCGAGGAGAUGCUGCCGCCUGCAAUCGGUGCCAUGAUUCACAGCUCCUCAAACAGCCGUACUGCCGCUGAGCCAAUGUACAGCAGCAUCGCCAGCAGUGGCGGCUACUCGGCCGUUGAUGCCAACAAGUCAAGUGGCUACUCGAGCAAACGAUCCCUCCACUCGGAUGACAGCGAGUCAGUGACCAAGUCGAAGACGUCCAUUAGCGGCUCCAGUGGGCACGGGGAUCGAGGAAGCAGCCUGAAUCGAAGUUCCACCUCGCUGAAGCAGCAGCAGUCGCUGAGUGAGGCCAAUCGGAGCAUCGGCAGCCAGUCCACCUUGGACGGCAGUUCGGUGAAGCAGCUGAACAGUGCUGCCCAGCUGGCCUCGGAAUCAGCGUCAAGAAAUGUGCCCAAAUCGCUUCGGUUGGAGAGAGAAGGCGUAGUGGGCAGCAGCAGCUAUCACCCUCACGGUCAGACGCGGUACCAUCUGGAACCAUCGCAGUCAUUCGAGUCGACGGACAGCAGCUAUCGCAGUUCGGAGCAGUGCCCAAACAGCAAGGACUACUACUACGGCCAGAGUGAUGAUGACCUGUACCUGUACGGACCGGGUUCGAAGACUAGUUCGGGUUGUUACCCUGGCAAGGCUGUCGCUGGGGGGCCGACCGACCGACUGACACACUCUGCAGAUCGAGCCAUUGCCAGCGGUGGCAGUGGCAAUCUCAACGGUGGGGGCUCAGGGUUUCAGGAGGGAACACAGUCAACUAAGGGGACGAUGAUGCCACCAGGAGGACAACGAACUAGCACUCAAGUUCCUCACCUCAGCUACACCGCUCUCUCUCCCGAGCUUAGCACCAGUGGUCUUGGUGGUGUUGGUGGUGAUGGCGGCAGCAAAUUCUACGGCGUUCUUGACUCGACCUACGAAUCAACGGGUGAUUAUCCGAGCGACAAUAACACCGAGAGCUACGAGUCGGAGACUGCCGGAAAGAGUGGCUGCGAUGGCGGUGGAGCUACUGGGGACGGAGGACGCAUCAAGGUAAUGCCCAUUCUCGAGGAUGGUCUCUCGUCGGGAAUGCCCUCCAGUGAUGAGCUCGAGUACGACGAGGACGAUGAGGGCGAGGAUGAGAUGGUCGCCCACGAGCAUGAUCUCGAUGAGUACGUCAAUGAGUACCACAGCAACAACAGCAGAUCGAACCAGUGUGAGCCAACUUCGAUGAUGCAGUCACAACCACCACCAUCGACGACGACAAGUACUACAGGGUCGUAUGGCAACGCGACGUCUUCCACGCUUCGUCUCGACCAAAUGGUCAAUGGAACUGCGUCGGGUGGUGGCUCGGCCAACUACAACUACGGCCAUUCUUAUGGGAAGCAAGUGCCCCCACCAGGCGGUGACUACGCUCGGCCGCACAAGUCUUCAGACGGACAGAUGUACCGGUGCGGCAAGGGCUCCUAUGGGCUGGAGAUGGCAGGGGAGAUGGUGACGAAAACGAAAGAGGCUAGUCAUGACUUUUACAACGGCAACCACCACCAUUCGAACCAUCACCUGCACAACCAUCCUGUUCUAGACGAGCUCACCACCGGAGCAGCAACUCGAUCCAUCUCCAACAGCAGCAGUAACAACAGCAGCAUGUCCACAGUGCGCAACAGUCAGCUGGGUCCGUCGUCGUCGUCUACUGGUGGCAAACAACAGCAGCAGCAGCAUCAUCAUCAAUCGUCUUCGAGCUCAUCCCCACCCCCUCCGCCUGCACCAGGAGGUGGCAGUAGCCACCACCACUAUCACCACUACUACCACCAGUCAUCUGCUGGGGCUGGUAGUGCUUCAGCUUCAGCAGCGGCAGCUUCUCUGGGCCGACAGAACUACCCCAACUUGAGCAGCAGUCCUACCUCACUGUCGCCCAAUUCACCCGGCGGUCGUGCUGGUGUCGGCAGUGCUGGUCCUGCAGUGGAUGGUAGCGGGGGCCUGCACCACCAGCAAUCCUCGGCCUCGUCAUCCUCCUCUUCCUCACAUCCUUCGGCGUCACAGGCAACAGCACAGAAGCAGCAGCAGCAGCAAUCGUCUGCAGGAGGACAACACCACUAUCACCAGACAGCAGGCAGUUCUGCUGGUGCAGUGUCCACUGUGUCGGCCGCUGCAGGCAGUUCUUCAGCGACGGCAACGGCGGCAGCAGCAUCAGGCGUUCAGCAGUCGCCAGCGGAAAUGGCGUCCGCUGUGGGCACGUCGACGUCACCUUCGAGUUCUCAUGCUGCUACCGGUGGAAUGCUGCCCCCGCCGAAUGUGCGCCAUCAUCACGAUGAAGCAUUUCCACCGGCAGUGCUCAUUGAGGGCGUUCUCUUUCGCGCUCGCUACCUCGGCUCUACUCAACUUGUCUGUGAUGGCCAACCGACGAAAGCGACGCGAAUGAUGCAGGCGGAAGAAGCAGUGUCGAGGAUUAAGUCUCUGGCACCUGAAGGAGAAAAUCAGCCUAGCACUGAAGUUGAUCUCUUCAUAUCUACAGAGAAGAUCAUGGUCUUGAACACUGAUUUGAAGGAAAUUAUGAUGGACCACGCUCUUCGAACUAUAUCAUACAUUGCCGACAUUGGCGAUCUUCUCGUGUUGAUGGCCCGUCGGCGGACGCCCAUUGAUGACCCGAAUGAUAACGGCAUCAAGCGCAUUCCCAAGAUGAUUUGCCACGUCUUUGAGUCUGAAGAGGCACAGUACAUUGCUCAGUCCAUUGGCCAGGCUUUCCAAGUGGCGUAUAUGGAGUUCUUGAAAGCGAACGGCAUCGAGGACAGUAGCUUCCUCAAAGAGAUGGACUACCAGGAGGUGCUCAACUCGCAGGAGAUCUUUGGCAACGAGCUGGAGAUGUUUGCCAAGCGAGAGAGACAGAAAGAGGUGAUUGUGCCAAAGCAAAAGGGAGAAAUUCUCGGUAUAGUCAUCGUCGAGUCAGGCUGGGGAUCAAUGCUGCCUACAGUGGUCAUUGCCAACAUGGCACAGAGCAGUCCCAGCGCUCGAUGUGGCCAGCUGAACAUUGGCGACCAGAUCAUCGCCAUCAACGGCAUCAGCCUAGUGGGGCUGCCACUGUCCACGUGCCAGGCUUAUGUAAAGAACACCAAGAAUCAGACUGCUGUCAAGUUCACCAUCGUUCCUUGUGCGCCCGUGGUGGAGGUGAAGAUCAAGCGACCUGACACAAAGUACCAGCUCGGAUUUAGCGUACAGAACGGCGUGAUUUGCAGCCUCCUUCGCGGCGGCAUCGCCGAGCGUGGCGGAGUGCGAGUCGGUCACCGUAUCAUCGAAAUCAACGGACAGAGCGUCGUUGCCGUGCCGCACGACCGAAUCGUCAAUCUGCUGGCCACCUCCGUCGGAGAGAUUCAUAUGAAAACAAUGCCCACUUCGAUGUUUCGCCUUCUCACCGGGCAAGACUCCCCCAGUUACAUGUAA